AUGGAGAAGAAGAGUAAUCUCUCAUGGAGGAGGUUCUUCGCCUGCUACGGUAGAGUGGGGGACAGCCCCUCGGUGGCCGGCGGCGCCGUCCAUGCCAAGCAGAGAUCGCUCCGGCGGUCGUCCUUCUCCGACGCUAGCUUCAACGGCGGCGCCGCCUUCUCGCCGGAGGACCUCUCACUGUCCCUCGUCGGCGCUGACCUUCAUGUCUUCACGCUGGCGGAGCUGAAGACGGUGACGCAGCACUUCUCCAGCGGCCAUCUCAUCGGAGAGGGCGGCUUCGGGCCGGUGUACAAGGGGUUCGUGGACGAGAAGCUCCGGCCGGGGCUGAAGGCGCAGCAGGUGGCCGUGAAGCUGCUCGACAAGGAGGGCCACCAGGGCCACCGCGAAUGGCUGGUAAGAACGAUCCUCCGCCGGCGGCGCCGCCGUCGUCGGAGAGCGAUGCUCGUCAUUGACCGAUCCCCGCGCUGAUUCACCGCCGUUGGUCGUCUGAUUCCUCAGGCGGAGGUGAUCUUCCUGGGCCAGCUGAGUCACCCCAACCUCGUCAAGCUCAUAGGCUACUGCUGCGAGGAAGAGCACCGCCUUCUCGUGUACGAGUUCAUGGCCAGGGGCAGCCUGGAGAACCAUCUCUUCAGAAGUAAUGCUUGUUCCUCCCUCUGAGCCUCGCCUAUCUAUCUAUCUACCUACCUACCUACCUAAUCUAUAUAGCUAUGUCUAUCUAUCUAUCUACCUAUCUAACUAUCUAUCUAUAUAGCUAUAUCUAUCUAUCUAUCUACCUCUCUCUCUCUCUAUCUAUAUGUAUAUAUCUGUCUCUUCAGGUCUGCCAAUGCUCUUGCUGGCAGGAUUUUUCGCGUCGCUGCCUUGGAUGACGAGGCUGAAGAUCGCGGUGGGGGCGGCGAAGGGGCUAGCUUUCCUCCACGAGGCUGAAAAGCCCGUCAUCUACCGGGAUUUUAAGGCCUCCAACAUCUUGCUGGACUGCGUAAGCUCCUCCCCUCCCCCUUCUCCCUCCUUCCUCACUCCUCCACCUUCUUCUUCUUCAUCAUCAUCAUCUCGAUCUCUUCCCUCUUCUCCCUCCUGGUCUUUAGGAUUACAAGGCGAAGCUCUCCGAUUUCGGGCUGGCCAAGGACGGUCCCCAGGGGGAGGAGACCCACGUCUCUACCAGAGUCAUGGGCACCCAAGGCUACGCCGCCCCCGAGUACAUCAUGACGGGUACCCUUUCCUCUCUCUCUCUCUCUCUCUCUCUAAGAGUAGAAGUUACGCAUAAAAUUGGUUGACCAUAAUUUGGGUAGGCUUGACAGUUUUUCGGCGAUUUUAUUGGCACAACGUCGCUUUUAAUUCUCUUUUGGAAAGGUACCACAUUUGCAUAAAUAUUUGGAAAUAUAGCAUGGGGUUGACCUAGGGUCUGUAGCCUCGUGUACGGAGUUGGUGUGGCAACAGCGUGACCACGUUGAUCGGUCAACUUAUGUUGCACCAAGUAAAUAUGCUAGCCUUGCAUGCCAAGUUAAUUGAGGCGAGACCAUUCUCGUAACUCAUACGAUUUCAUUUUCUCUUCAGGUUAAUUCUGUCCUCUUCCGGGGGUUUACGUAUUCUUCCAGAACACAAUUCCAGAAUCAUCUUUUUUUAAAAUAAAAUAAAAUAAAUAAAAUCGACACGUGUGAUUUUGCUGACAACAUCCUCUUUUUUUUUUUUUUAUUCCAAAUUUAACCGAAGUUGGUGGGAUGUACCAUUUUGUUGUUGUUGUAAGAUAAUUUCCUGGGGCACGCCUGUUAAAUGUGCUGAUUUUGCGCAGCAAAUUUGAAUUUUUUUUUUUUGCUAUUAACUUGGGAAUUCUUUUUUUGAUUAUCAAAUUUGGAAUUAUCUUAGCUCGCUGACCCUUUUUUUCAUAAAAUUGCUAUUAGCCGAUGAGAUGAUCGAUUGCUUCAUUAAAUAUGCCAAACAAGGUAAAAAAAGGCCGAGCUGGUUCACGAGUUUUAUGGGAUGGAUGGUUGCAGGUCAUCUGACGGCGAAGAGCGACGUGUACAGUUUCGGGGUGGUGCUGCUGGAGCUGCUGUCUGGGCGGCGGUCCGUUGACCGGAGCCGGAACGGGCGGGAGCAGAAUCUGGUGGAGUGGGCCCAGCCGUGGUUGACCAACACGAAGCGGUUGGGCCGGAUAAUGGACCCCACGCUGGAGGGCCAGUACUCCCCCAGUGGGGCCCAGAGCGCCGCCGCCCUCGCCGCCCAGUGCCUCAGCCGCAACCCCAAGGGCCGCCCCACCAUGAAGGCCGUCGUAGACGCCCUCGAGCCCCUCCUCCUCCUCGACGACUUCCACGUCGGCACCUUCGUCUUCACCGUCUUGUCGCCGCCGGAGGAGGCGGCAGCGAAGGAAGCUCUGCCGGCGAGGAUGAACAGGGUUCUCCGGCGAGGGGAGAAGGAGGCGGCGGCAGAACCGCCGCCGGUGAGGAUGAACAGGGUUCUCCGGCGGGGGGAGGAGGAGGUUGCGGCGGGGGAAGCUCAGCCGGCGAGGAUGAACAGGGUUCUCCGGCGAGGGGAGAAGGAGGAGGAGGAGGGGGAGGAGGCGGGGCAACGGCGGCGCCGCCGUGGGAGUGGGCUCGAAGUGCGAUCUCCCAAGCCGGUAAGCGUCACCGACACCGCCGUCUACAGAAGCUCUCCCAAGGCCCGAAGCCGCGGUAGGGGAGCAUAG